AUGGCAACGCCUCAUCGCAAACAGCUCCCGUGCGAUCUCAUCAUUCGGGAUGCGGAUGAGGCUACCUUGAGACUUAUCUCGGCAUCUCCCGACUUUAUCAUUAAUCUCAACAACAAAGGACUGCGCUUGUCUUUCCUCCGAGACCCAAACCGCGAAACCUUCAGCUGGUACAGCGCGGAUCUCACCAUGACUGAGUCGGCGCUGCAUCACAUCACAAUCGAGUUCCCACCGCGUGGUUUCACCCUCACUUUCCACGACCUCACAUCCGACGAAAAGUCCGCCCUCAGCAACCACCUCCCUGAGGACGCAAGCGGAUACAAGAUCAUCGACAUAAACUGCAAAGCAAGCACCACAGUCACUGGCUUUGGCCUCCCAUUUCAUGGAGCAAACGAGGCUGUCGACAACUGGGUCAACAAACACGCUCCGAUCGCCGGAGUCACCUCUUUACCAGAUAUUCUCCAGAGACAAACUUUCACCCUCCUCAUUGAAGCCACCAGCGUUGAGAUCACGCGCGCCGCCAGCACCAUCAAUUCCCAACUCAUCCCCCGCGACUAUGGAUAUGGCGAGCAGCACUGGUGGGACAUGGACCGAUACAGCAAACAGAUCCCUGCCAAUAGAGGCAAGGCCUUUCCCCCAACCGUCCACUUCAAGAAUGAGAAUGAGCGCGACACUGCCCUUACGCAGACUCACGUUCAGGAUGUCGGCACAGAUCCAAUCAAAGACACCGUCAAUUUUGUGUGUCUCUUGGAACCAAAGGGCAUAUUUGAGCCUGAGCAUUGGCGCGCCGCCCAUCGCGCUCUUCGGGGAGAUCUGAACAAAGUCAGGAUCAGGUUCACCUUGAAGGAGCGCGACGAGAAGAAGCGCAAGAAUGGGUUAGUCGUCUGGGAAGCAGUUCCUUUGACUUUCGCGACCUGUGAUGAGUUGAACGGCGUUGAAAUUCGCAAUCGUAUCGCCCUUGGCCUCACUCGGCCAUCCGCAGGCCCGGGUCACGACUUUAUACCCAUCGCGUAUGACGACUAUGAGACAGCGAAAGAAUCUCGACGAGAAAAUCUACAGGUUCGCCUGGAGUCUGGCCUUCAUGGCGACACCCAGCGUGUCAACGGCAUCUUCAGUCUCAGCAACGGACCGGUCUUCCCCACUGUCAUGAAGAAUGAUCAUCUCGCUAUUCUCAAGAGACUUGUAUUCAACCAAAUCUUGAUCGGGAAAGGCCUUUGGGAACUUGAAAAGGAUGGAGUGAAGACAACCAUACCUCCUUUCGAUCUCCUCCGCGAUGUGCCCCCGAAUAUUCGCGACGCAUGCCUCGAGAACGUCUUUGAAGAUGAUAGAGAACGAGUUCAGAAGUACUUUAGCAAACUUCAUCUUGGCCUCGGGUUAGUCUCGGGUCCUCCCGGUACCGGAAAAUCUCAUCUCGCUUCAGCCAUCGUGGUUCUCAUGUGUCACAAUCACUCCCUUCGCCAAGUCUAUGUCAGUGCGGCUUCCAACGGCGCCACAGACAAUAUCCUCGAACGAAUCCAAGAUAUCGCCACCAAGACGACCACCAAUCUCAUCGACCGUGGUGUCGACGUCAACCAUCUGAUGUUGGUUCGUGGGUAUAGCCUCAAUACAGAGACCGAAAAUUGCAACAAAGUCUUGUUCGGGAAGCCUCUCCCGGAACACGGUACCUGGAACCCGUCGCCGUGGAAGUUUGAGCACUCGCUUUGCUGGUGGACCUUGCGGGUUUUGGGUUCAACCGCCGUACCCCCUAUGACCCUGAACGACAACGCCGAACUGUUGGACCUUCACGAGAGACUCAGCGCACUCACCUCCGAUUCCGCAUCUGAUGCGAGCCUUUCCAAGUUCCGCUCCUUGGUAAAGCUUGCUCAGGGAGUUACCUCCGUUGCUCAGUACCAGGGCAAAGAGAAGCAAGACAACCAUGCGAAACUUGUUCGCCAGCUCAUGCAACUUGUUCUCGGAUGUGCCAAUGUUGUCGCUACCACACCUGUGGUAUCAGCCUGUUGGAUCUACAAUGCCUUCAACAACCAAGCCAAGGCUGUUGUUUUUGAUGAAGCAGCCACGCUCUUUUGUUCAGAUGGCCUACUGGUGUAUGGCAAUACGCCUCGGCCCAUGAUUGCCAUCGGCGACCCCAUGCAACUCGCCCCAGUGCUGUCUACCGCGUUCGAGUUGCUGCAAAUCCGCCGUAAAAAGCGUUCGUGGGAAACUUGGAGUGACCACCACGCGAUUCGGGGCUGGCCCACCAAUCGAUUCGCAGGAUUCGGACAAAUCUCUUGGCUUUCAUGGUUCAUCCACCUCGGCUGGCCAGUCUUUCAUCUCUACACCCAGCAUCGCAUGGCGGAAGAUCUCUUCGACCUUUCAUUGGACACCGUGUACACCAGUCUCAAACCGCAUUUCAAGUACAGCCCUAUGUGUGGCAUCACAAACUUCCCCAUCGGUGUUGAUGUGGAGGAGUACCUUGAGCAGAAGUACAAGAUCCCCGCCCCUGCCGCCAACACCCUUGCGCCCGUCUUCUUUGAUUGUCGGAACUGCCCAAUCCGGAAAUAUCCCGACAGUGAGUCCCGCCUCAAUCCCCGACAGGCGGACCUCAUCGCAGACCUUCUUGUCGACAUGAUCCGGGAGCUGAAGCUAUCUCCAGCCGAUAUCGCCGUCCUCACACCGUACCGGGCAAACUUUCGAAGUAUCGGGAAACGAUUCAAGAAGGAACCUGAGCUACAAGGCGUUGCUUGUUCGACUUUCGACACGUUCCAAGGCCGUGAGGCCCAGAUCGUGGUCCUUGCUCUAUGCGUGACCAGGAAAAGCGGCCCAUUGUUUGUGGGCAACCCCCGGAGUCUCAACGUUGCUCUGACCCGACAGAGGUCAAGCCUGCUCAUCUUUGGCGAUAUGGGGGUGCUUGACUUUAAAACGAAAGAAACUUCCACCGACUUUAUCGGCUCGGAUUCCGGACAGAGGUUUAAUGUCCGAAUGUUUGACGAUGUACUCAAAACUCUUCGCCGCAGCCGACGAGUCGUUCAGCUUGAGGGGAAACGUGGGAUUGAUCACGAUGGGUAUUGGGAGGGUAUGGAGAGGAAGAAGUGA